AUGGCAUUCUCUCCAUGGAAGCUGUCCUCUCAGAAGCUCGGCUUUUUUCUGGUGACUUUUGGUUUCAUUUGGGGAAUGAUGCUUCUGCAUUUCACUAUUCAGCAGCAAACACAACAUGAAAGCAGUUCAGUCCUGCGUGAGCAAAUUUUGGAUCUCAGCAAAAGAUACAUCAAAGCAUUAGCCGAAGAAAAUAAAAAUGUGGUUGAUGGGCCUUAUGUUGGGACGGUGACAGCAUAUGAUUUGAAGAAGACACUUGCUGUCUUGUUGGAUAAUAUCUUGCAGCGCAUUGGGAAGCUAGAGUCCAAGGUGGAAAAUCUUGUACUGAAUGGAACAGGAGCAAACUCUACCAACAAUACUACCACUCCUGCUCCCAGCUUAGGAGCAGUCGAAAAGCUUAAUGUAGCAGAUCUCAUAAAUGGAGCCCAAGAACAGUGUGAAUUGCCUCCUAUGGAUGGUUUUCCUCACUGUGAAGGGAAAAUAAAGUGGAUGAAAGAUAUGUGGCGAUCGGAUCCCUGUUAUGCAAGUUACGGUGUAGAUGGGUCCACAUGCUCCUUCUUUAUUUACCUCAGUGAGGUUGAAAAUUGGUGUCCUCGUUUACCUUGGAGAGCAAAAAAUCCUAAUGAAGAAACUGAUCAAAAAACAGUGGCUGAAAUUCGUAUCAACUUUGAUAAUCUCUACAAAAUGAUGUCAAGACAUGAGGAAUUCAGGUGGAUGAUGUUACGCAUCAGACGAAUGGCUGAUACCUGGAUUGAAGCAAUUAAAUCACUUGCAGAAAAACAAAAUUUGGAGAAGAGAAAACGAAAAAAGAUUCUUGUUCAUCUGGGGCUUUUGACAAAAGAAUCUGGAUUCAAGAUUGCAGAAAAUGCAUUUAGCGGUGGCCCACUUGGUGAAUUAGUCCAGUGGAGUGAUUUAAUUACAUCUCUCUACUUACUGGGCCAUGACAUCAGGAUUUCAGCUUCACUGGCAGAGCUCAAGGAGAUUAUGAAGAAGGUUGUAGGUAACAGAUCUGGCUGCCCUACCCAGGGGGAUAAAGUUGUGGAACUCAUUUACAUUGAUAUUGUGGGACUCACUCAGUUUAAGAAAACCCUGGGUCCGUCAUGGGUUCAUUACCAGUGUAUGCUAAGAGUUCUGGAUUCCUUUGGAACUGAACCAGAGUUUAACCAUGCCCAUUAUGCCCAGUCUAAAGGCCACAAGACACCAUGGGGAAAGUGGAACCUUAACCCACAGCAGUUUUAUACAAUGUUCCCUCACACUCCGGAUAACAGCUUCCUUGGGUUUGUGGUAGAGCAGCAUCUGAAUUCCAGUGACAUUAAACACAUUAAUGACAUCAAAAGGCAGAACCAAUCUCUCGUUUAUGGCAAAGUAGAUAAUUUCUGGAAGGAUAAGAAGGCUUAUCUGGACACCAUCCACACCUAUAUGGAAGUCCAUGGAACUGUUCACGGGACCAGCACUAUUUACAUUCCCGGCUACGUGAAAAACCAUGGUAUACUCAGCGGGCGGGAUUUGCAGUUUCUGCUGAGGGAAACCAAACUGUUUGUUGGUCUUGGAUUUCCGUAUGAAGGGCCAGCUCCUUUAGAGGCUAUUGCUAAUGGCUGUGCUUUUCUAAAUUUAAGAUUUAAUCCACCAAAAAGCAGCAAAAACACAGAGUUUUUCAAAGGCAAACCUACACUCCGAGAGUUGACGUCUCAGCAUCCCUAUGCUGAAGUUUACAUCGGCAAGCCCCAUGUCUGGACUGUAGACAUCAAUGAUCUUUCUGAAGUUGAGAAGGCUGUGAAAUCAAUUUUGAAUCAAAAGAUUGACCCGUAUUUGCCCUAUGAAUUUACGUGUGAGGGGAUGCUGCAGAGGGUGAAUGCAUUUAUUGAAAGACAGGAUUUCUGUCACGGGCAGGUGAUGUGGCCCCCAUUAAGUGCCCUUCAAGUGAAAAUUGCUGAACCUGGAAAAUCCUGUAAACAAGUUUGCCAGGAAAGCCAGCUCAUCUGUGAGCCUUCCUUCUUCCAGCAUCUUAACAAGGACAAAGCGCUGCUUAGGCAUAAUAUCGAAUGUCUCACCAUGGAGUCUGCAAACGAUAUCCUGGUCCCUUCUUUUGAUGGAAGAAGGAAGCACUGUGUUUUCCAAGGUGACCUCUUAUUGUUCAGCUGUGCCGGAUCCCACCCAGCCCACAGAAGAAUCUGCCCCUGCAGAGACUAUAUUAAGGGGCAGGUUGCGCUGUGUAAAGACUGCCUAUAG